AUGAAAGGAUCUGCUACUAAGAUUACUACUAAGAUUGCUACUGAGAUUACUACUAAGAUUGCUACUAGGAUUGCUGCUAAGAUUGCUACUAAGAUUGCUACUAAGACUGCUAAGACUGAGACGACUAGAACGACUACUACGACCGCUACGACCGCUACUAUUACGACUACCGCUAUAAUUAACAAUUUUAGCGCUUUUCUGCAGAAAAAACUAGCAGAAGGCUACCGAUAA